UGUAUUUAUCAAAACCCACCAAGUGUUUGAAUGAAGUCCUCACUCAAUUCUGCACAAUUUUCGGAGAAUAUGGAGUUGGAUAUGGGCAAACUAUUUGUUGGUGGGAUAUCUUGUGACACGGAUAAGAAUCGUCUUAAAGAGUACUUCAGCUCGUAUGGAGAAGUAAUUGAGUCGAUGAUUAUGAGAGAUCGUGUUACUGGUCGUGCACGUGGAUUUGGAUUCAUUGUGUUUGCUGAUCCUGCAGUUGCAGAACGAGUUAUUAUGGAGAAACACAUAAUUGACGGAAGAACAGUUGAAGCAAAGAAAGCUGUUCCAAGAGAUGAUCAUCAACAGCUUUUUAUUAGAACCAACAAUGGAACCAUUGGACGGACUAGAAAGAUUUUCGUAGGAGGUUUGGCAUCCUCUGUCACCGAACGAGAUUUUAAAAAGUAUUUCGAUCAAUUCGGUAUCAUAAUAGAUGUGGUAGUGAUGUACGAUCACAAUACUCAAAGGCCGAGAGGAUUUGGAUUUAUAACAUUUGAUUCCGAAGAAGCUGUCGAAAGAGCAUUGCAAAGAAAAUUUCAUGAACUCAACGGUAAGAUGGUGGAGGUUAAACAAGCAAUUCCCAAAGAACUCUCCCCUGUUCCGAAUCGAAUUCCUUUGAUGGGUUUCGAAUAUGGUUUCAAUAGAAUUUCUCCAGCAAAUAGCUUUCUCAACAGUUUCCCUCAUGGUUAUGGUAGCAGAUUUGACCCGUUUAGUUGCGCAGAUUUAUCUCAUUUUGGUAACGGGAUUAAUUCAAACUUUGGAGGUAGGAGUAUAGGAUACGGGCGAGUUUUGAGUCCAUUUUACGGUGCUAAUAACUCGAAUCGAUAUUGUACUCCUGUCGGGUAUGGUAACAGGAGCGACCCGUUUAUGAGCUCAGCGGGUCGAAGCCCGUGGGGGAAUGUUGGAAUCAAUAGUAAUGGUAAUAUUUCAAAUCCUAGUACAUAUUUUACUGAUGGAAGUGGGAAUUUUGAAGGACUUAAUUGGUGUCCCCAACAAGUAGUAGGCUGUGGGAGAAGAGAAAGCGAUUAUGUACCGGGAUCUCGAGAUUUAGAAUUUGGUGCAAACCGAGGAAGAAAUUUGGGCCCGACAUCGUUUUUUGCUAAUGGGAAUUCGGUUUACGCUAGUUAUCCUGUUUACGGUAGUAAUCCUCCUUGGCAUUCAACAUCGUCGGAGAUUAAUGGUUUUAAUUCUUUUAGUUAUGGUCCUCCUCCGGGUAAUAAUACACCUCAAAUUGUUGCGAAAAAUUCAGAAGCUUAUAAUGGUCAUUAUAACUUGCUACCAAAUAGAGGUGUGGAUGCGUAGAAUAAUAUUCGAAGCGAUCAAGGAAUUUAUUGGAGGGAAUAUAAUGAAGUUUGAGAAUUGAGUUUAUGUUUUCUUUAGAAUAAAUGUUUAAGCAUUUUUUCGGGCUCUAUAUUCAUUUUUUUUUGAAU